AUGGGGUCCAUCGCCGAGCCAGAAAUUCCAGAGCCAGACUCGACAGCGUCCGGCUCAGUGAAGAACAAAUACCUCUGCCUCACCAUUUGCGGGUACCGCAAGCCAGGCAUGAGCGAGCAAGACUAUCGCAAUCACAUGGUCAAUGUCUCCGCGCCCAUGACCAAGGGACUGAUGGUCAAGUACGGAGUCAAGCGGUGGACGCAGAUCCACAAUCAAACCGCCACACGGGCCCUGAUGAGCCAGCUCUUCGACCACCAGAUGGCCAAUGUCGCCGACUUUGACUGCUUCAGCCAGGUCGUCUUCGAGAGCAUUGACGACUAUAAGCGCAUGAAGCAGGAUCCCUGGUACAAGGAGCACUUGGUCGGUGAUCAUGAGAAAUUCGCCGACACGCAACGAAGCAUGAUGACGAUAGGUUGGGUUGAGGAGUUUGUCAGGGAUGGAGAGGUGGUGGAUGGGUUCGGAAAGUGA